AUGGCGCCCCAACCCAACCCCCACUCCUCCUCCGCCUCCUCCACCUCCGCCGAGAGCAUCACGCGCGUCAAAUCCGAAAAAUCUCAACACCACGACCUCGAGAACACCGACACACACAUGACGGAACUCUCCCGCAUAGCAACCUCCGACUAUCCAACAGGAGCCCGCCUCAUCUCCAUCCUCGUCGCCCUCGUCCUUUCCAUCUUCCUCGUCGCUCUGGACAUGACAAUCGUCGCAACCGCCAUCCCAAAAAUAACAGAUCAAUUCCAUUCUCUCGACGACUCUGAUCUGUGGCGUCGCCAACAACUCCACCACUCUCAUCGUUGGGCGGGCGAUCGCUGGUUUGGGGGUGCUGGCGUAGCGAGCGGGUGCUACACUAUCCUCGCGUUUUCCGCCCCGCCGAAGACAAGGCCGGCAUAUACGGGCGUUGUGGGCGCCGCGUACGGCGUUGCCUCCGUGACGGGGCCUUUGAUCGGCGGCGCGCUGACGAGCAAUGCGUCCUGGCGCUGGUGCUUCUACAUCAACCUCCCCAUCGGCGGUGCCAGCGCCGCCAUCAUCUUCUUCUCUUUCUCUACGCCCGUGGCCGCGAAGCCCGAGAAAGCGACAUGGACGGAGAAAUUCCUGCAGCUGGACCUCAACGGCGCAUUCCUCCUUCUCGGUGCCGUGAUAUGCUACAUCCUCGCGCUGCAAUGGGGCGGCACGACGAAAAGCUGGAGUAAUUCCUCGGUCAUCGGAUGUCUGGUGGGCUUCGGGCUCAUCGUCGCCGCGUUUAUCGUGAACGAGUAUUUCAUGGGCGACCGAGCCCUCCUGCAAGGCCGCCUGCUGAAACAGCGCCUUAUCGCCUCGCUGAGCAUGUACGUGUUCUGGCUGUGCGGGACGUUCUUCGUGCUGUUGUACUACCUCCCCAUCUACUUCCAGUCCAUCGACAACGUGUCUGCCUCUGACUCCGGCGUGCGCAACUUGCCGCUCGUCAUUGGCGCCUCCCUCUGCACCAUCUUCUCCGGCAUCUUUAUCGCCGUCACGGGAUACUACUGGCCUAUGAUCUUCGCGGGGUCAAUCAUCGCUGCCAUCGGAUCGGGGCUGCUUUACACGCUCGACAUCGGCACGUCGUCUAGUCACUGGAUAGGCUACCAAGCUCUCGUCGGCAUCGGCUGCGGUCUAGCCUUCCAAGUCCCCGUCAUCGUCAACCAAGCCAGCGUGUCACCCAGCGACAUCUCCGCCAUCACCGCCAUCACGCUCUUCUUCCAAACUAUCGGUGGUGCUCUCGUUGUCUCCGCAGGCCAGACAGGAUUUGCCAAUCGGCUGUUGAGCAGGAUUCCGAUUGAGGCUCCCAGUGUUGAUCCGGCGAAGGUCGUGGCCACCGGGGCGACAGAACUGAGGAAAGUGUUUGAGGCGGCGGAAAUCCCGGGCAUUCUAAGGGCCUACAUGAGUGGGUUGAGGAUCACGUAUGCGAUUGCGAUUGCAGUCGCGGGUGUGAGUGCGCUGGUUGCGCUGUGGGUACCAAUUAAGAAGCUGGAUCCGGAGAAGGUGAAGAAGGCGGGGACGGGGGGUGCGUAA